AUGACCAUGGACACGGCAAAGGCGACACCGCCGCCGCCGCCGUCGUCGUCAGGCGCAGCGUCAUCUUCUGCUGCGUCACCUUCGGCAGCUCGAUCAUCGCCUUUCGCAUAUCAGCAGAAGCUCCUCGACCGCUCAGCAUCAAAAAGCAGCGUCGGUGGAAGCAGCCUUAGCGGCGCCGGCGGCGCAUCGGGUCUCUCCCCAUCAACGAGCGUCCGUCGCUACCCGAUGCCGAGCAGUCACAGACACACAACAUCACUCGAUCCAAGCCGCUUUGCCACGCCCACCUCUUCCUCACGAUCGGUCAAGGCCACCAACGGCAGCACGAGCAGCUCCACCGACUCGAGCCUGACCAAUGGCAAUCACUCGACAUCGUCGCCUGCCUCGCGCACUGCGGCCACAGCUUCUACAGACUCGACGCCCUUUGCGACACCUUCAGCAAGAGCGAACCGCCACAUGUCGAUGCAGCCCACUCCUAAAGCCAGCUUCACAUCACCGCCAACGUCGCCGAAGAAGGUCUCAAGCCCAUUCAUGCGCUCCGCAUCGCCGACAAAGGGCUUCUCCGACCGGCCGUCAUCGCCCAGCAAGGGCAGCGCUAGCCCCACACCAGGCUCGCCGAUCCGAGAUGACAACUCGUGGAUGUCAUCGCCGACUGCAGGCGCCAACGCUGGCGGGCAGGGGUCCUUCUGGUCUUCGACGGGAGCUCAGCAGCAGCCAUCUGCUGUUCAUUUGGGAGAGGUGGGAGAUUUGAAGCGAUCUAGCGUAGGUGCGCUCAAGAUGAUGCGCAACUAUGCGCAAAAGGGAGGAGAUGAGGAUCACGGGCUGGGUUCGUCGACGAGGAUGACCGUGGGCAAGGCGAGGGGAGGACGUACAGAGAGGAUCGAUGAGGAGGUAAAGCCGUCUCGUCCGGGCAGGAUGGAGUCCGAGGAUCAGCAGGAGGGUGAGAUCUUCAUUCCAGGUAUCACAUCGGGCGCAGAGGAUGUCGCUGGUCUGCAUGGUCGUAUUCGCCUGGCUAGACAGGACGCUGCUGGCGCUGGAACCAUUGCAUUGGGCAGGCCGACAAACUCCAACACGAGCCCCGUCGUAUCCAACUUGCCCUUCUCCUCCACCUCCAAGUGGAUGGACACGCAGCGCCACCUCCUUCAAGCCUACGAGUAUCUUUGCCACUGCGGUGAAGCCAAGCAAUGGAUGGAGGCCUCAGUCGGCGAAUCGCUGGGCGCAGUAGUGGACAUGGAGAACGAGAUGAGGGACGGAGUCUUCCUGGCCAAGCUUGCUCGCCAUUUCGAACCCCAGCUGGUUCCGCGUAUCUUUACGCACCCAAAGCUCCAGUAUCGCCAUACGGACAACGUCAACUUUUUCUUCAAGUUCGUCCACUUUGUGGGGCUGCCCGUCUUCUUCCACUUUGAGUUGACAGAUGUGUAUGAGAAGAAGAACUUUCCCAAGGUCGUCUACUGCAUUCACGCAUUGAGCCACAUCCUUGCUCGACAGGGAAGAUCGACCAAAGUAGGCAAUCUCGUCGGCAAGCUCGAGUUCAGCGAUGACCAGCUUCAGCAGACGCAGCGUGGCCUUGAUGCAGCUGGCGUGGCAAUGCCCAGCUUCGGCGGCCUGGGUAAGGCCUUGGCCAAGGAGAUGAACGAAGAGCCCGAACCUGAGCCCGAGUCCGAAGAGGAUCGCAUCGAGCGUGAGUUGGGCGAGAACGCUGCCCACAUCGUAUCCCUACAGUCUGCCUGUCGUGCGGCGCUGGCACGCCGCAACGCCGCCGAGCGCAAGCGUCUCGCUGAAGAAGCUCGAAGACGCGAGCGCGAGGAGGCGGAGCGACGACGCAAAGAGGCAGAAGAGGCCGAAAAGCGCCGCCUGGCCGCAGAGGCAGAAGAGCAACGACGCAAGGCUGAAGAAGCGGCAGCAGCAGCAGCGGCAGCUGAGGCAGCAAGGCAAAGAGCAGAGGAAGAACAACGCCGCAGAGAUGAGGAGCUCCUCGCCAGCGUGGCUCCUAAAGUCCAAGCAGCAGUGCGAGGCGCCCUCCUACGCAAGCGCUUCUUUCGACGAAUCUCUGAGCUGGACAAGCACGAGCAGACCGUCAUUGGGAUGCAGGCGCAAGCUCGCGGCGUACUCGCGCGGAAGUCUUACCAGUCUCUCAUCUCCCAACUUGCAGGCGCCACGCCGGAUAUUGUCAAGCUCCAGGCUGCUCUGCGCUCCACGCUGGCUAAGCGCCAGCUCCUGUCCAGGAUCCAGGCGUUGCGCUCCUCAAGCAGCGAGAUCGUCGGCGUGCAGGCGCAAGUGCGAGGCGUUCUGGCAAGGAGACGACAAACAAAAAUGCGCGAUGCGAUGAGGCGCAUCGAGGUCACACGCUCAGUCGGUGGUCUGCAGAGUAUGGCUCGAGCUGCAUUGGUAAGACGCAAGCAUCACGAGCAGCAGAAGCGCUUUGAGGAGGCCACGCCGGACGUGACCAACUUGCAGGCGCAGAUCAGAGGUGUGCUGGCGCGACAGGAGUACGAGUGGUGGCGUCAGCACAUCCAUGACAGCGAGCCUGUCGCGAUCCACCUGCAAUCCCUCAUCCGAGGCUUGCUCGCACGUCGUCGUCACUACGCGCGCCUGCGACACUACCACGAGCAGAUGAGCAAGGUCGUCAAGAUCCAGUCGCUCUUCCGAGCCAAGCAGCAAGGAGAGCAGUACCGCAGUCUUACGAUGGGCAAAAAUGUCCCCGUCGCGACUAUCAAGAACUUUGGGCAUCUCCUUAACGACAGCGACCACGACUUCGAAGACGAGAUUGAGGUGGAGCGGCUUCGCAAGCUCGUCGUGCGAAGCAUCCGCGAGAAUCAGACGCUCGAGAACGACGUUUCUGAGCUCGACGCCAAGAUUGCGCUCCUUGUGAAGAACAAGAUCGGUAUCGAGGAGCUCAUCAAGGCCAAAAAUGAGCGCGGUCUUCUUCGCCAGCGCGAGGCAGCUGCCGCAACGCUCGCUCGCCGCAACUCUGUCCUCGUGGCCGCUGGUGACCCCUUCGCCGACCAGACGCUGGACCGCACUACCCGUCGCAAGCUCGAGCUUUAUCAAGAGCUGUUUUACUCGCUGCAGACCCGCCCAGAGUACCUGGCUCGUCUCUUUGCACGCGUCGGGCGCAUGGACAUGGCAGAUCGCCAACGCAAGCAGGUGGAGAAGAUCGUUCUCACCCUCUUUGGUUAUGCGCAAAAGGCCCGCGAGGAGUUCCUGCUCCUCAAGCUCUUCCAACGCUGUAUCUCUGAGGAGCUCAGCUACGUUGGCUCGGUACAGGAGUUUAUGCGCGGGAACGCGCACUUCAUUAAGCUCGUCGUGCAGUACAAUCGAGGCGCAAAGGAGAGGCAGUAUCUGCGUGACUUGCUUGCCCCUCUGGUUCAGGGCAUCAUCGAGGAUGACGUGCUGGAUCUCGAGACAGACCCGUGUGCCAUCUACCGCGCUACCAUUAACCAAGAGGAGAUGGAAACGGGCCGGGCCUCAACGCGAGCACUUGAAGUCAACUUCCAAGAAGCCCUCGCCGAUCCAAUGGCCCGCACCAUCUUCAUCCGCCACCUGCAAGCCCUCCGCGCCACCACGGACGUCUUCCUGUCUGCGAUCCUCGGCUCAACGCGCCGCAUGCCCUUCGGUAUCCGCUACAUCGGGCGAGAAGUCUUCCGUGCUCUGCAGAUCAAGUUCCCCGACGAGAGCGAAGACCGUCUCAUCAAGGUUGUGGCGCACCUGGUUUACUAUCGCUACCUCAACCCUGCCAUCAUCGCUCCCGAGGGCUUCGACGUCAUCGACCGCGUGAUUGGGCCGAUGCAGCGCAAGAACCUGGCCGAGGUUUCCAAGAUGAUGACGCAGAUCUCCAACGGCCGUCUCUUCACCGACGACAACCCCUACCUGCAGCCUCUCAACGAGUACGUGCAGCAGGCCUCGGCUCGCUUCACUCAGUGGCUCUACGCCGUCAUUGACGUGCCCGACGCCGAGAUGCAUUUCAACGCGGACGAGUUCCUCGACCAUACGAUUCAGCAGAGGCCAGUGAUCUACAUUACCCCACAGGAGAUCUACAGCAUGCACCUGCUCGUUGCACAGCAGGUCGACGCCCUCGCUCCUAACAUGGAAGACCCGCUGCGUGUCACGCUAGGCGAGCUCGGACCCCCACCGGGAACGGCUAGUCAAGAGCUGAGCGACGCACGAUUGGGAGAGAUUACAUUCGAGCUCAUUAGUCGACGUACCUCGCUCAAGGACCCAGAGGCGGAUACCAAGGCCCUCUUUGUCGAGACGAAGCGCCUCGUCCUCGCGCUACUCAAGGUCCAGUCGGGUAAGACGCUAAUGGAUGUCUUCCUCACGCCCGUGAGCGACCAAGACGAGAUGACCUGGGAGGAGAUCGUCUCUCUAGAGGUGGCUGGGGAUCGUCAACGUCAGCGAGGAUCUCGCCCUCCUGUUGCAGGCGAGACGAUCGCGAGGCUGGAAGACGUGCGUCGCCUUUCGUUCGCUGAGCUCAAGACUCGCACCCUUGAGAAUAUGCUUCAACUUGAGGCAGCAGGCAAGGUCAGCCGUGCUACAGGCUACCAGGACAUGCUGAACAGUAUCGCCCUCGACAUCAGGCAGAAGCAUCGCAAGAGGCUACAGCGCGCGAAUGACAAACAGUCCAUGUCUGUCACUCUUUCCAAUCUUGCAGAAAAGAAGCGCUACCUCGAGGAGCAGAUCAGCUCCUACCACUCGUACGUCGACCAGUCCCGCGAGACGAUGCAAGGCACUCGCGGGGGCAAGGGUGGGAAGAAGCGCUUCGUCCUUCCAUUCUCUCAGCAAUACUUCCACCUGCGAUCACUCAAGCAGCAGGGCAAGGUGCCCAAGUUCGGCUCGUACAAGUACACUGCUGCUCGCUUGCACGAGAAGGGAAUUCUGCUGGGCAUCGAGGACUUUGGUAGCAAUGGCUUCGAGCAGCUUAGCCUCACCAUCUCGUCGGAUGAGCCGGGCUUGUUCACAAUCGAUGCAAGCUUGUUGGGCGUCAAGGCCGCCAGCAAGGAUCUGCGCAUUGAGGACUUGCUCGAGCAGCAGCACAACGCUCUGAGUAACACGCAGACGAUGGACAUUGGCGGGGCAAAGGCGACGCUCAACUUGAAUCUGCUGAUUCAUCUGAUCAAUCGCAAGUUCUACGCGUAG